UUAAAUAAUUUAUUUGAUUCGCAAUGAAUUCGCUGAUGUUCCCAGUCAACGGCACGUGGUACAGCAUUGGGAUAAUUUCGGCGGGUGUACCAGGUUGCAGUGAUCGUUCUAUUCCUUCAGUUUUAACCAGGGUCGACAACUACCUCGACUUCGUUUUGUCUUCCACGAACUGAUCGUUUCCGCGAUAGCGUUAGACAAGUGUCUAUGAUCUGUGCAGAAGUAGAUCGAAUUAUAUUUUUUUCGCAUCGUCGUUUUUGUGGCAUUGACACGCAUCUUCCCGGAAUAAUUUGCUUGAAUUAUUGAUUUUUAAUUGCGUAUUUUAGGUAAUCAUCGUGAAGAUUUAUCCGGAAUUCAAAAAUGCAAAUAUUUCGACACAACUUUUGUAUUGAUUUUUUAAUUUUUUUUGUAUUUGUAUUAAUAAAUAGCAGUUGGUGAAAAAGUCAAACGCCCCUUUCUCGUACCUCCUAGAACAAAAAAUAAUUUUUGUUCUAGAACGAAAAUGAUUUUUUUUCCUAGCAGAGGAUCAUUGCUAUCUACAAUCUCGGUAUUUUUACUAAAAAUUGAAGAUGAAGUUCGAUUUAACGUUCACGGAGUUUCAAUUGAAUACUUACACAUAAAAUCAGUCGUACACAUAAAAUCAGUCCUCAAGUCGUCACAGCUUAUUCGUAAAUGAAAAGAAGAGCGUUCGUCAAAACAGCUGAACCAUUUUAUUUUUCUCACGGGAUAUGAAGCUACCCACUUUGUCAAGGACAAGGCUAAUUUAAACGGUUACCUAAUUUUAUUGAACACUAUCCAAAAUGGAAAAAAACAGCGAGUUUAUGCUCAGUCCCUGCCUCGCUUAUAUCCAAUAAUAACACGAAACCAAAUCUUAAAAUGGUUAGAAAAAACUUUAAAGCAACUUCAUUACAUAACGGUCAAAAAAAUUCGUUUCCAAUGUAAAAUAGAUAUAUCGAAAGUAUUCUUCAUAGAAAUUAAGCAGUUAAUACUGAGCAAUUAUUUAUAAUCUGAUGAAAGCGAUCAGUCCAUAUGAGAUCGAACCAAGUGCAAGUAUUUGUUGCAUGGAUUUCAUUGUACGCCCCGACCCAAAAUUUUAGCUCGUACCUGUGCAUACGGAACUACCUUAACUGCAACAGUUUAUCCGCGAAGGUUUGAAAAACGGUAUGACGUCACGAAACGGGAUUUUUGCGUUAUAAGAAAGAGCGCGGCAGAGCUACCGCGUUUCUUGAUUCAAAUCCUGUUGUAACGAAUAAUGAAUAUUCAUUCGAACUUGGUCGGAGAAUAAAAGUAUGGCGGGGAUGCUUGUUUUUGCGUAGCCGAAGUUUCUCGUGGGGGAUCGUUGAUCCCAGGUAGCGGAAAUCGUUUUCGUACAGUGACGACACAGAUCUUCGCAAUAGUUUUUAUCGUAUUCAAUUCAAAUCUCAACAUUGUUAUGUGUAAACUUAUUUAUUAUUUUUAAUGGCAGGGAGAUACGGAGACUUACAAAAUACACGUUAUAGAAUAGUAGAACGGUGUAUAUUUCGAAUCAGAGCUCGUGAUGUAGCGAGAACUUUACGCAUCUCGGUCAUAGGUCCAUUUCCAGCUGGUUCCCUUUCGCUUUGCAAUGAGGAGGCUCAGACAAGUGGAAGGAGAACGAUCGAAGUUGUUGACAAAAUGUUAGUUUUAUAUGUGAAAAUGUGAAAAGAAAGAACGGUCCUCGAAGUAGGAGUCGUUUGGUUGUCGUCAGUUAAAGUAAUAUGGAAAAAACAGUGAAGUUUACAAUUGUAGCGUUGCUGGGAAUCUCGCAGCUUCAAUAUGCUCUUUGUCAGGCACAAGUUGAUGUCAAAGAUGAAAAUAAGUCUCAUUCUGUAGAAGGACAAAGUAUACAACAGUACACGCUUCUAGCCCCUCCAGUGUGCGGUUGGGUUGCAUCGUUCAACAGAUCAACGACUCUUAACGGAAAUCCAGUGAGAGCCGGCGAUUGGCCCUGGUACGCUCGCCUCUGCUAUCGUCAGUACGAAGAAGAAGACGCUUAUGAAGAAAAAUGCGGUGGUGUACUUAUUUCGAGCCGACACGUUCUCACGGCUGCGCAAUGUCUACACAAUAUAAAUGUCUCUUUCGUACGCCUCGGCGAAGGCACAGCGGCACAAAAUUAUCAAAUCGAACGGGUUACUCGACAUGGGAAAUAUAGUUAUUUUCGUAAAAUUAACGACAUCGGCGUUAUCAAACUGAAACGAGACGUCGUGUUCACUGACACGAUACAUCCUAUAUGCUUACCUACUGCUGGAGGAAUACAAGCACACGACACCACAAAUGCAAAUGCUUACGUUGUCGUACCGUAUCCUGAGUACCAAGGAGUGGCCCCCCAAAUGUUGUAUCAGUUCCAAGUCCCGGUUGUUCCGGUUGAUUCUUGCAGAGAAACUUACAGAAAUCGGGGUUCCGUGAUUUCCGAAAAAAUGAUAUGCGCUGGUGGAUCAGAAAUAUGUCAGGGUAGCGGAGGAGGACCGAUGAUGUUCCCAGUCAACGGCACGUGGUACAGCAUUGGAAUAAUUUCGUACGGUUCAAUUUGCGGCGAUCGUUCAAUUCCCACCGUUUUAACCAGGACCGACAAAUACCUCGACUUCAUUUUGUCUUCUAUGAACUGAUCGUUUCCGCGGUAGUGAUAGAGAAGUGUCUAUGAUCUGUGCAAAAAUAGAUCGAAUUAUAUUUUUUUCGCAUCGUUGUUUUUCUGCAAUUGGUUGCUCGAGUUAUUGGUUUCUAUUAGCCUCUUUUAGGAGAUCAUUAUGAAGAUCUAUCUGGAAUUGACAAAUUCAAAUAUUCAGACACUAUUGUACAAUUAUUUGUAUU